AGCUCUUCCUGGAAACUGAGGUCUGAUGACUUCUCCUUUGUUGCAUUGUUUCAACACACGUCUCUGUUCCCUCCCAUUCAGAUCUAAAAUUUUACUGCUGAGUCAAACAGUUUUCAAGCCUCAUUCACUGCAGAAACACGUGAUGUUUAGAUCAGAGCUUUUGUUCUUAGGAGAAGAAACUCACUGAGAGCUGAAAUGGAGCAGGGAGGAAUUCAACUAGACCAAGGUAACUUCUCCUGUUUGGAUCUACUGAAGGAUCGAGUGAAUAUUCCCUGUGGACACAGCUACUGUAUGAACUGCAUUAAACACCACUGGGAAGGAGAAGAUCAGAGGAGGAUCCCCAGCUGCCCUCAGUGCAGGAAGGAGUUCAAACCGAGGCCUGAACUGGAGAAAAGCAUCAUGUUAGCUGCUUUAGUGGAGGAUCUGAAGAAGACUGGACUCCAAGCUGCUCCAGCUGAUCACUGCUAUGCUGGACCUGAAGAUGUGGCCUGUGACGUCUGUACUGGGAGGAAGAUGAAAGCUGUCAAGUCCUGUUUGGUUUGUUUGGUUUCUUACUGUGAAAAUCACCUCCAACCUCAUUAUGAUGUUCCUGGACUGAAGAAACACAAGCUGGUGGAUCCCUCCAAGAUGCUCCAGGAGAACAUCUGCUCCCGUCAUGAUGAGGCGAUGAAGAUCUUCUGUCGUACUGAUCAGCAGUGUAUCUGUUAUCUCUGCACUAUGGAGGAACAUAAAGGCCAUGAAACAGUCCCAGCUGCAGCAGAAAGAGAUGAGAAAAAGAAGGAGCUCCAGCUGAGUCGACAACAAAUCCAUCAGAGAAUCCAGGACCAAGAGAAAGAUGUGAAGCUGCUUCAACAGGAGGUGGAGGCCAUCAAUGUCUCUGCUGAUAAAGCAGUGGAGGACAGUGAGAAGAUCUUCACUGAGCUGAUCCGUCUCCUCCAGGAAAGAAGCUCUGAGGUGAAGCAGCAGAUCAGAUCCCAGCAGGAAACUGAAGUGAGUCGAGUCAAAGAUGUUCAGGAGAAGCUGGAGCAGGAGAUCACUGAGCUGAAGAGGAAAGACGCUGAGCUGGAGCAGCUCUCACACACAGAGGAUCACACCCAGUUUCUCCUCAACUACCCCUCACUGCCAGCACUCAGGGAGUCGACACACUCAUCCAGCAUCAACAUCCGUCCUCUGAGACACUUUGAGGACGUGACAGCAGCUGUGACAGAGCUCAGAGACAAACUACAGGACGUCCUGAGAGACACAUGGACAAACAUCUCACUGAUGGUCACUGAUGUGAAUGUUCUUCUGUCAGAACCAGAACCAAAGACCAGAGAUGGAUUCUUAAAAUUUUCACAAAUAAUCACUUUGGAUCCAAACACCUUAAACAGAUUUCUAUUAUUAUCUGAGGGGAAGAGAAAAGUAACAUUUGUGAACCAUGAACAGUCUUAUCCUGACCAUCCAGACAGAUUUGAUGGUUUAUGUUAUCAGGUUCUGAGUACAGAGAGUCUGACUGAAUGUUGCUACUGGGAGGUGGAGUGGAGAGGAGGAGGAGCUGUAGCCGUUUCAUACAAGAACAUCAGCAGAACAGAAAGACUGGGAUCCAAUGACCAAUCCUGGUCGUUAUAUUGUGACAGAAACAGUUACACAUUUCAUCACAACAACAUUAAAACUCCAUUAGCACGUCCAGUUUCCUCCAGAAUAGGAGUUUAUCUGGAUCAGACAGCAGGUAUUCUGUCUUUCUACAGCGUCUCUAAAACCAUGACUCUCCUCCACAGAGUCCAGACCAGAUUCACUCAGCCUCUACAUGCUGCGAUUAGACUUUGCUUUUCAUUUUCCUGUCCUGAUGGAUCCUCUGCUGAGUUCAUUAAACUUGAAUAGUCAGCAGUGAUUUCAGGUCCAGUUGGUUAAAAUUUCUAUUUUAGUUUCAGUUCCUUUUUUUUUUCAUUGUUGUUUUGGAGAGAUGACUGUUGUCAUUUCUUCAGUG